GCCCGCGGGUCAGGUCACCGCCUUCGGGGUGCCUUCCAGCCUCGGAAUCAGGAAGGGCGCCGACCCGGAGGAGGUAGAUGGGCCUGUGGCGGGGCCACGGCGGGCCUCCUCUGCUGGCACGCCUCCUCCACGGCCUACAGGGUGCGCCUGGCGUCGUUUUGCAGCUCAGGGUUUGCGGAGCUCAGAAAGCAGACGGACACCGUGGCCGCCUAAUUUUUCGGUGACCUGCCGCGGGGAGGACGGGGAACACUCGGCGAGUCCUGACUGUCGGCCUGGGCUGCUGGCGAGAUCUCCGUCACUGCCCGCGACCCCCACACCAGGCUGCCCUGCGGGUCUGUUCGUGGGUCCGUCUUGGCCACGAGAAGAGCUCGCCUCGCGUGUCCCCAGCCACGCUCACCAGCCCAUCCGGUGAGUCUCGUGGUGUCCUGGGAUGCUUCCUGUUGCCGACUCUGAGGUCUGCGUCUCCUGUAGGACCAGCUCUGCCGACCACCGCCGCACCUCCUGCAUUUAGCUCUGACCUGUGCAGACACGCCAAGGCAGGGGCAGGUUGAGAAUCUGUCUCUGAGAACCUGAAACUUUUCCUGCCGAUACGCCGCCCGCCCGUAUUUCCCAGCAGCCUUCCACCCCAGAACGUUCUGGAAAGAAUCCCACAGGGAGGGGGUCACCUCCCUGCUGCAGCCAAACAGACCUCACCCACCACUACCAGCGUUAAGUCAGAACGGCCAGAGGAAGAUUCUGCCAGCAUUUCCCUUGAGCUGGUCUGCAGACCCCUUCGGCUGGGAACCUGCCCCAGGAGCUCUCCGUCGGCAAACAGAGAGCCCACAGUGCCUCGGGAAAAAUUGGCUGAAUAAAAGGGCAAUCAGGACGCCACGGCUCCGCCUGAAGCGAUGGCCCAGCCCUACCCCCCCGCCCAGUACCCCCCUCCGCCACAGAACGGCAUCCCCGCCGAGUACGCGCCACCCCCUCCGCACCCCACGCAGGAGUACUCGGGCCAGACCCCGGUCCCCCCGGAGCACGGCAUGACCCUGUACACACCAGCACAGACCCACCCCGAGCAGCCGGGCCCCGAGGCCAGCACGCAGCCCAUCGCUGGGGCCCAGACUGUGCCGCAGACAGACGAGGCGGCACAGACGGACAGCCAGCCGCUCCACUCCUCCGACCACACAGAGAAGCAGCAGCCCAAGCGGCUACACGUCUCCAACAUCCCCUUCCGGUUCAGGGACCCCGACCUGCGGCAAAUGUUCGGGCAAUUCGGAAAAAUUUUAGACGUGGAGAUCAUUUUUAACGAGCGGGGCUCCAAGGGUUUUGGGUUUGUAACUUUUGAAACUAGCUCAGAUGCUGACCGAGCCCGGGAGAAGCUGAAUGGGACGAUCGUAGAGGGACGGAAAAUUGAGGUCAAUAACGCCACAGCCCGCGUCAUGACCAACAAGAAGACUGCGAACCCCUACACUAACGGCUGGAAGCUAAACCCCGUGGUGGGCGCAGUCUAUGGGCCUGAAUUCUAUGCAGUGACGGGGUUCCCCUACCCCACCACGGGCACGGCCGUAGCCUACAGGGGCGCGCACCUACGGGGUCGGGGCCGGGCCGUGUAUAAUACGUUUCGGGCUGCGCCGCCCCCGCCCCCCAUCCCAACUUAUGGAGCGGCACUGGAGCAAACGCUUGUUAAAAUGCCAGUCCCAUGGGCAGGGCUGGCACCCUGCCCCCUCCCUCCUCAGCAGACGCCGGAGCCGGCCUGCCCACCACUCUCUUGUCCGUUUGCUUCCAGGGUCGUGUAUCAGGACGGCUUUUAUGGUGCUGAGAUUUAUGGGGGCUAUGCAGCCUACAGAUACGCUCAGCCUGCAGCAGCAGCCGCGGCCUAUAGCGACAGUUACGGCAGAGUCUAUGCGGCCACCGACCCCUACCACCACACCAUCGGCCCCCCAGCGACCUACAGCAUCGGAACCAUGGCUAGCCUCUGCCGAGGAGGGUACAGCCGCUUCACCCCCUACUAGCAAGAGGGCCCAGCCCCUAGCAGCAUUCACACUGACUGCCCAGUACACACCACACCCAGCAGGCCAAAACCAGGCACAGCCACCGGGAGGACAGUGCGCCCCCCCCAGUCAGCGGCACGCGACGCUAAAGUCCAUAGGUUUUUCCUCCAGCCAGCUGGUGUCCCUGCCCCUCACCAUGGCGUGUGUGUCUUUGACCCUGGUUACCCCUGUGUGUCUGAAACCUUGCUUCCUAUUUUGACUUUGUUGACGUUGUGACCCCCAAGCCAUUUCAGGUACGGUAUGCACACAGUGGGAGGGGCUAGGCUGGGCACGACACCCCCUCCCCCUCCCCGAGAGCUGGCAGUAGAGCCCACCAGGGCGACACCCACCCCCCCCCCCGUCAUCCCCCG